AGGAGGCCAACGACAAAAUCAAUCUUUAAAAUUUUAACUUCAAACCGAUCUGCAUUGUCACAACUAUAUAAAUACACCACUAUGUCACCAACAAAUGCAUUCGUCUAGUAGCUAUAGGUGUGAAUUCUGAGACAAAUAAUUAAAGGGUUGUCCAAAAAUUAUCUCAAUGCACUUUCCUUUACCUUCUCUGCUAUUGUUAGUUGUUGUAGGAAGUCUAUACACUGAAGCAGAAGGCCGUGCAUUCUUUGUCUUUGGUGAUUCACUCGUCGAUAGUGGCAACAACAACUACCUUGCGACCCUUGCUCGUGCUGAUGCGCCUCCUUAUGGCAUUGACUACCCAACUCAUCAACCCACUGGUCGCUUCUCCAAUGGACUAAACAUCCCAGACAUUAUCAGUGAGUCAAUUGGUGAGGAGUCUGUACUGCCAUACUUGAACCCUGAGCUCAGAGGAGACAAACUCCUUAAUGGUGCCAACUUUGCUUCUGCCGGAGUUGGAAUUCUCAAUGAUACUGGGGUCCAAUUUGUAAACAUAAUAAGAAUGCCACAGCAAUUGCAGUACUUCAAAGAAUACCAGCAACGAGUAAGUGAGUGUUUCGGAGUGGCAAAGAUGAAGCAGCUGGUGAAUGAAGCACUUAUCCUCAUUAGCGCCGGCGGCAAUGACUUUGUUAACAACUACUACUUGGUUCCAAACUCAGAUAGAUCUCGUCAAUAUGCUAUCCAAGAUUAUGUUCCUUAUAUCAUCUCCGAGUACAAAAAGAUUCUAAUGAGGAUAUACGAGAUGGGAGGUCGUAAUGUUCUCGUAACUGGAACAGGACCUCUGGGUUGUGUUCCAGCAGAAAUAGCCCAGAGGAGCCCCAAUGGGUCGUGUGCUGGUGAGCUACAAAGAGCUGCUGCCCUCUACAACCCUCAACUUGUUCAGAUGAUAACUCAACUUAACAAGAAGAUUGGCCUUACUACAAAUGUGUUCUACGGAGUUAACUCAUACCGGAUGAACAUUGACUUCAUCACUAACCCUCGAGCCUAUGGGUUUGUAACAUCAAAGAUAGCAUGUUGUGGACAAGGGCCCUACAAUGGGAUUGGACUGUGCACACCUCUAUCAAACUUGUGUAAAAACAGAGAUACUUAUGCAUUCUGGGAUCCAUUCCAUCCCUGUGAGAGAGCAAACCGCUAUAUCGUCCGACAGAUCCUCUCCGGAACUACCGAGUACAUGCACCAUGGCAACCUAACCACCAUCUUGGCGGCCAAUAACCCAAGUUGAUAGAUUCCAUGAGGACCUUCAAUUGGCUCCAUUUUUAUAACUCAUUCAUUAACACAUGCACCCAUCGACCUUUAUGUUGCCCUAUUAGGCUUUCAGGCGGAGAGAUCAACCAAUAAAUUAUGGAUGAUCUUGUAGCUAGAAUCUAUUUAUGUUUCAGAUUGUUGUUUGUGACGUGUGAGGCAUUUCUAGGUAAACUAAUAAAUCAUCAACCAGCUUUCUUUCUUUCUCUUUA